GUACAUAUGGUUUAUACGUCAAAGUGAAAACGAAAAAUAAACAUCAAAGCUUAUGUGAAUAAUAAAAACGUUGUUUUCAUAUUUGAAUAAUAAAAAUGGCACAAUCCAUGGAUAUUUCGGUGGAAUCAGCCAUUGAUUAUGUUAUUCAUGGCAUCACCUACGGUGAGAUCUUUCAACCGCCGCUAGCACUGUCGGAGAAUGCAUGUCGAAUUGAUUUUGGUACAUCAAUGGGCAAUCAAAGGGGAAAAAGAUGAUGAAGAAAUUAAGGAAGCGGAUCGAUUCAAUGCCAAUCUAUGACCAUGGGAUUCUGUCUGUCGACAACAAACUACGUUGUUAGAGAGAUGAGCCGGGGUGUUCACACAACAGCAUCAAAGCAACGCCACAGCGACAUUACAUUGGGCAGCAAAUGUACGUACAUUCGAGAGCAGUAAAACACACACAAAGAGAGAGAGAGAGAGAGAGAGAGAGAGAGAGAGAGAGAGAGAGAGACAUUUUACCAGCCAGUUGAAAACAAGAUGUGUACAGUUUGCCGCAAAAGGAUUGAAAUUUUAACAAAUGAAAUGGCAUCACACACACACACACACUCACUCACUCACCAAGGCACAACGACAACGUUCGAUUACUUUCUAGAUUGAGCAAAACAAAAUACUGUUACCGGCUUUUGGCAUGUGCAAACAUGAAAAUAGAACUAUACAGUGCUAGUAGCCAUUGCAAAGUGAGACACGCGCUCCAGCCGCAGACAUUGAACAGCAAUCGAAGUGAUAAUAAUAAUAAUAACUGCACCGAACAGCGUUCCUUCGCCUUGGUGCAAAGUACAGUGAUUGAAAUUGGUCAAAGCCAGUGUGAAACGGGAGACCAAUUUUCGAAUUGCGCAUGAAUUCAACGGGAAGAAAAGUCAAAAUCAAAUUCAAAUUUUGUAGCAACACGAACCAAAAGUACUACGCAAUAGUGCUAACAAUACGUUCCAACAAAACAACGUACCGUUAACGGCUUUGUGCAUGUGCAAACAUGAAACUGGACAUACAAAGCUAGUAGCCAUUGCAAAGUGAGACACGCAUCAGCCGCAGAUAUUGAACAACAAUUGAAGUGAUCGGACGCAUAUAUUAUUUUCUCUUCUUGAUCUUUCGAUACAAUUUGAUUUUAAAACAUUUAUUAUUCGGUAAAAAUCGAGAAAAAAGUUUUGUUUUAAGUGUACUGACAACAGAAAUUUUUUUUUACCAUCCAACGCUCACAUUUUCUUGGGGUGUUUUUUCCGUUCGUUUGUCACAGCAAAGUACAGUGAUUUUGCGUGUUUGCUUUUAAAAUUGGCCAAAGCCCUUACCAAACGGGAGACCAUAUUUUAAUUGCGCAUGAUUUAAACGUGAAAAAAAAACAAAAUCGAAUUCAAAUCCUGUAACUAUAUAAAAUGAAAUAUGUUUUUAAAUUAAAAAUUGAAAAGAGACAAUGCGACCACGUAGAAAAUCAGUAGUCAUAGCACGAACACAAAUUCGUGCAUCAUUAAGAGGUCUGGGAUUGUCUCUCCGAGAUGACAGCGAUGAUAGUGCAUCAAACAGUUCAUCAAAAAUUUCGCAGAGUCGUUCGCCGAGUCAUUCGCCAGCUGCAAAACGAUCACGAAUAGAUGCCAUCAGUAAUGCACCAAGUGGUGUGGUUCCAACUCAAGCUCAAAGUCAAGCAUCAGAAUCAGUUAGUUCGACAAUGAGACCAAAUGAACAAACGAGACAACGUCGCCGAAAAGCAAAUCGUACGGGAUUUGAUCGACCAACAUCAAAUGUGAAUCAAGUGCCACUGAAUGCACCAAAUGCCAAUCCACCACAGCCAUCUACAUCGACAUCGGCAAUGGCAGCCGCAUCAACAUCAGCAGCUACAACGACAACAACAAAAAAGCCAUUGAAACGCCCAAAUGAAAUGAGAGCAAAACGAGGUGAAACAGAGAAUAAAGACCUAGAACAAUUCACCGUGGUAAUGACACUGAAUCAAUUUUUGCGCGAUGAAAAAGUUUUCCCAGACAAACAACGUCUGACUGAUUUAAUUGAAAGAGUUGUGGCCAAUUCCUCAAGAAUGUUCAAAUUGGCAUCGCUUUAUGUGCUCUUCAUAUUGAAUCGGUUGGUUGACAAUGGUUCCGAUGUCGAAAUCCGUCGUGAAUUUUUGGCCAAAUUCAAUGCAAACAAAUAUUUCAGAGCAUUGAAAAAAACUCCACUCCAUACGCCAGCAUACAUAUUGGACAAUGAAUUUCGUGAUUUUCUCAUCGAAAACGACAUCGAAACCAAAUUGGAUUUGGAUAAUGCCAACCAAGUAUUGAAAUUUGCGAUCGAACAAUACGACCGAAAUGCGAAAUUAAUCGUGAAAACGCACAUGAGACGAUACAUGAGGAGAUAUUUCAAAAAUUUGGGUGCAACAAAACACCAGAUAAAUAAAAUCAUGAAUUAUCUAUGUGACCGAAAUUCAACGUGCCGUCCAAAUGCCAAUUUAUUGAAUCGCUAUUUGGAAGAGUUGAAACCAUUGGUGCCACCACAAGUGGUACAACCACAGCGACGGCGACGACAAACGCCACCACGGCGUGGGCCUCAAAGUGGACGAGGAAGGCGAAGAGGUCGGCAACAGCGGCAACAACGACAACGAGGGCGACGAGGACGGCAACAACAACCGUUACCAGUGCCACGCGGUUGGUUAUUUGAGACGCACAGCAAAUUUGACUGGUACAAGUACGUUUACGAAUUGUUGAAUUUACAACGUGUAAUCCAUGCGCACAAUGCAACCAAUCCGCAUCGAAAUUGGUCAUCGUUUGUGGCGGUGCCACAAUCAAGCAAUGCCAAACAUCAUGCAAGAUUCGAUACAGAUGGAUUCGUACUGCUAACGAAUCUCUUGUAUGAAGCAGGGACUGGUCAAAAAAUCCCAGUGCAGAGAGAUCCGUGGACGCAUGCCCAACACAAUGCAUUUUGGCGUCGAUUUGUAAACUUGGACAAAAUCAAUAAGCCGAGUCAACAGUUUGACUUUUCAUUCACCACCGAUGGAUGUUCAGCCCAUUUGAAAAUGAUUCGGCGAUCCAGAAACGUUAACACCAACACCAACAAUAACAACAACAAUGAUGAUGCAGUUCCGAAUCCAGAACAACCAAUCCGUGCCGCCAAUCAUUCAACGUGCUUACGAUUCAGGACAAAUUGAGAGAAUUAUCGGUUGUGAUCCGGGCUACAGAGAAUUUGUGGGGGUCGUACGCAAAGAUUUAGCGACCGAUAAUGAAGAAAAUUUUCUAAAAUCAUCGAAAGAGUGGCACCAUAUGACCGUGAAAAUAUGUAUGUAAACUGCGUGAAAAUAUGUAAACUGCGUGAAAAUCGUGAAAUGUAUGAGGAAAUGCCAUCGAAGAAAAGUGCCGACUACCGUACCUAUCUGGAUUACCAGCUGGAUGUAUUCAAUGAAUCAUGCGAGAUAAAGUAUCAAAAACGUGUGGCUCGUUUAAAGUUUGAUGCAUAUACACGUACGCAGGUAGCAUUGCAUGUGUUGGUAAAGCAAAUGACAAAAGUCGAUCGUAGAAUGUCGGAUGCUGAGAAAACAGUGAUAUUGGCAUUUGGAGGUGCAAAAUUUGCAUCAAACUCACCCAUCAAAGGAUAUCUACGGUGUCCGCAUCGUGCAUUGCAACAAAUGGCACGUGAAUAUGUAUUCGUUUUGCCAAUCAACGAACACAACACAUCGCAGAAGUGUAGUCGAUCAGGACGUAAGCUGAAGAAACGAAGAAGUGUACCAGAACGUCAAUCAAAAGACCGUUUUCUAGUUUGCCCCAACUGUAAACCGGUCGAAGAUGGCGUUUUUCACGAUCCAAUUCAAUGGACAGGCAGAGUUCAUCGUACUUUCAAAAAGAAACAUCAAGAAUGGAAAUACCGUUCCAUAUGUACAUUCGAUCGACCGGUUCCAGAAGCAAAUCCAAAUCCACCACCAAGACAAAAGAAAAAGAGAUACCAGAAGCAGUUGGAACCGAAAACAACAGUUAUAUUCAAUCGCGACAUAAAUGCAGCGAGAAAUAUGAUUAAGAAAGGAUUGUAUAUGUUGAAUCAUCUGCCGAUGCCAAAUUGUUUCCGACCAUUCAGGCAUCAACUCCAUUAUUACUUCAACAAUUAAAAUCAAAAAUAAAAAUUAUAAGCACGGACGUCUACGCGAACAUUCUCACAAUGGGAAUCUCAUUGUUUGAAACAAUGAUACCAAGACGUAGUAGUGGACGAUGCUAACAAGUACUAGAAAUAGUACCAGCGAUUCGUUCAAAUUUAUUGAAUGAAAAUACAUCUACUGAA